AAAUCGAAGGCAUUUAGGUAGCUAGGGUUUUAUCAUCGUCUUCCUCACUCUCUCUGGUCUCUGCGCUACAAUCACCAAAAAAGGAAGAACAAUUCGAAUCUGAUCGGAAUAUGGUUGGCUUUGAAAUCGGCGCAGUACCGUUCAACCCAGACGGAUGGGGCCCACCGGAUUCGAGCACCGGCGGCUCGAUCUCCCUCCCUAACCAGCCUUCCAAUGUGCCGUUCGCUCCCUUCUCCCGCUCGGAGAGGAUUGGGAGAAUCGCCGAUUGGACUCGGACUCUGUCGAACCCGGGCCGGCCCGGUGCGAACUCGAAGCAGGGCCACGCGGACUCUGCGUUCGACUUCUCGACUGACGACUCUUUCGCUACGCUAGCCGCCGACGAGGAUUCCUCCUUCCGCCUCGUCGAUACGGCCGCGAAGUCUCACCACCACGGCCAGCACCGUCCCAGGUUCAACCCUAGGUGGCGAUUCAAUCCGCACCACCAGCGCUCUCAGCUCCCUCAGCGCCGUGACGAGGAGGUGGAGGCUCGCAAGCGCGAGGCCGAGAAGGAACGAGCCCGCCGUGACAGGCUCUACAAUCUCAACCGCUCCGGUAUCAAUGCCGGCCAACGCCGCGAGUCUUCGGUGUUCAAGUCCUCCGUCGAUAUCCAGCCAGAAUGGAACAUGCUUGAUCAGAUCCCCUUCUCCACCUUCACGAAGCUCUCCUUUUCUGUUCCGGAACCGGAAGAUUUACUUAUCUGCGGUGGCCUGGAGUUCUAUGACCGCUCAUUCGAUCGAAUUACUCCAAGGAAUGACCGCCGUCUUGAACGAUUUAAGAACCGCAAUUUCUUCAAGGUAACCACCACAGAUGACCCUGUUAUACGCCGCUUAGCUAAUGAGGAUAAAGCCACUGUUUUUGCUACCGAUACUAUUCUAUCGACCUUAAUGUGCGCCCCUAGAUCGGUUUAUUCAUGGGAUAUAGUGAUUCAGAAGGUUGGAAACAAAUUAUUCUUUGAUAAACGUGAUGGAUCGCAGCUGGACUUGCUUUCUGUUCAUGAGACUUCCCAGGAACCCUUGCCUGAUGUUAAGGAGGAUAUCAAUUCAGCUUAUUCAUUGAGUGUGGAGGCAGCAUAUAUAAACCAAAAUUUCUCCCAACAAGUGUUGGUAAGGGAUGGGAAUAAGCUCACAUUUGAGGAGCCCAACCCAUUUGCCACAGAGGGUGAGGAGGUAGCAUCAGUAGCUUACAGGUAUCGGAGGUGGAAGUUGGAUGAUGAUAUGUAUUUGGUGGCCCGGUGUGAGGUCCAGAGUGUGGUGGAAGUGAACAAUCAGAGAUCAUUCUUGACUGUGAAUGCCCUGAAUGAGUUUGAUUCUAAGUAUUCCGGAGUUGACUGGAGACAGAAGCUGGAGACUCAGAGGGGUGCGGUUUUAGCUACUGAGUUGAAGAACAAUGCUAAUAAAUUAGCGAAAUGGACUGCACAGGCACUCUUGGCUAGUGCUGACAUGAUGAAAUUGGGAUAUGUUUCCCGUGUUCAUCCCAGGGAUCACUUUAACCAUGUAAUAUUGGCUGUGGUGGGGUAUAAGCCUAGAGACUUUGCAGCACAAAUCAAUUUGAAUACGUCUAAUAUGUGGGGAAUAAUGAAGAGUAUUGUCGACCUGUUUAUGAAAUUGAAGGAUGGGAAGUAUGUACUUGUUAAGGACCCAUCCAAGCCCCAAGUGAGAAUAUACGAGGUUCCUCCAGAUGCGUUUGAAAAUGAUUAUGUUGAGGAACCUUUGCCGGAGGACGAACAGGUGCAGCCACCUGGUGAAGAUGCGGACACUGGUGAGGCAAAUGGUGUUGCAAAUGAUGUAGAGGAUAAGGAAGUCAGCACUGAAGCUGCUGCUGCUUAAGGGUAAGAGCAUAUUUCAUCUUGCUAUCCUGAAAGGUGGUCAUCUGGACUGUACUUCCACCAUUUUGCACUAAUUUAUGAUUGUUUUUUUAGUUGUUUUGGUUCAAGAGGAUAGAAACUGUCAUGUGUUAGGCUUUUUUACCUUUCACUAUCUAUUUCUUUUUGCUUAGAGAAAUGAUAAUGACUAGUUUGCUGAAAUUUGAGCUCCUGCAUGUCUACUCCUAUUGAGUGGUACAUUUUG